UUAUUUAAUUCUUGUCUCUCUCUCUCCCUCUCUCUCUCUCUCUGGAAUAUACACGCAUAUACCGUCAAACGCCCCCCGCGCACUUUAUCCACCAGCGCCACCCGUAAUCUCUCUAUAUAUACCUACCCGUUUCAUAAAGGUCCCGUAUCUGAAUCUCUCUCUCUCUCUCUCUCUCUCUCUCUCUCCCUUUUCCCGUUAAUUAUGAAACAAGACGAAACCCAAGGCGACGACACAUGCAGAACAAUCGAAGUAGCCGUCGUCGAGCCACCGUCCGCGAAAACAGAGAAUUUCGACGAAGAAUUCUACGUCCCGCCUCUCAACUUCGCUAUGGUCGAUUACGGCAUUUUCCGGUCCGGUUUCCCAGACACCGCCAACUUCUCCUUCUUGCAAACCCUAGGCCUCCGUUCCAUCCUGUAUCUUUGUCCGGAGCCUUACCCGGAGCCCAACGUCCAGUUUGUGAAGUCGAACGGGAUUCAGUUGUUUCAGUUCGGGAUCGACGGUUGCAAGGAACCUUUUGUGAACAUUCCAGAGGAUACUAUUCGUGAAGCACUAAAAGUUGUCCUUGAUGUGAAGAAUCACCCAAUUUUGAUCCAUUGCAAAAGAGGGAAGCACCGAACUGGCUGUGUAGUGGGGUGCCUGAGGAAAUUGCAGAGGUGGUGUCUGACAUCCGUUUUUGAUGAGUACCAGCGCUUUGCUGCUGCCAAAGCUAGAGUUUCUGAUCAGAGGUUUAUGGAGAUGUUCGAUGUAUCUAGCUUGAAGCAUCUUCCGAUGUCAUUUUCAUGUUUGAAGAGGUAAAUAAGAGGAAGUGUUGAAAGGCUUUUGCUUCCUUCAUAUUGGAAAGACCAUCUGAGUUCCUGCUUUGGAGAUGAUUUCUGGGAGUGCAUUUUAUCAGCGAAGGAAUCAUCAUUCGUUUUCUUUUUUUGGUAUAAUAAGCGGCAUAAUCAGUAUCUUUUACCUUGAGUUCCCCUCAUCUCUCUCUGCUUGUUCUUUGCAUUGUUCUUUUGGUUAGCAGAAUUUCCAUUCAUGUUGACUCAGUGAGAAUCGAUGCGUAGGGUACAUUUUUAUUGUUUGAAUCUUUGAUAAGAUGAGUAUGAAUGUUUGUGUUACUGCUGGAAGGAUGUCUAUGAUACAUAUAAGUAUUUGAGCUGGUCUUCGCCAUCCCUUGUUGCUGACAGUCGACAGUUAUUGUGCUUUGUAAAUAUUAAAGGAAUUACUCCUAUUUUACUUC